CCUCUUGCUUUUUCUUAUUCACAUUUAGCUUUCCCAAGGGGUCGACAGAUACAUUUCCAAGUUUGAAGUCGACAAAGCCCCGUCCGACAGAGGCAACCUCAUGAUCUACCUGGACAAGGUUUCUCACAGAGAGGACGAAUGCCUGCAGUUUAAAGCUCACCAGUUUUUCGAAGUUGGUCUCAUUCAGCCGGCAUCCGUCACAGUCUACGACUAUUACGCCAUAGAUGACCGGUGCACCAAGUUCUACCACCCGUCUAAGCAGAGCGGGCUCUUCAAUAAGAUCUGUCACGGGGAAGUCUGCCGCUGUGCAGAAGAAAGCUGCUUCAUGCAGCAGAAGCUAGAGGGUCCCAUCACCCUGAACAAGCGAAUGGAGGAAGCCUGUGAACCUGGAGUGGAUUAUGUGUAUAAAACCAGGCUUGUUAGCAGUGAAGAAGUGGGCGGUUCUGACUACUACACCAUGAAAAUUUUGGAAAUCAUUAAAGCAGGUAAGAGCUCCCCUUCUACAAUCAGGGUGCAAUUUCUUUGAGUGGCCUUUGGGAUA